AGAACAGGAUAAGGAGACCCCAAUCGUCUGAUCAUAACUCAGUCGGGUUCAUUGAUCAAAUUCAAACCCACAAGUAAAGAACUUUCAAACCGCUCACUCACUCGCACCGUACAAGUUUUGCUCCUGUAAUCGGACAAAACUUUUUGUGCAACAAGAACCACGGCCGGUCUGGUACCAAAAGAGCUGUGACUAGCUAGACCCACCCAAAAAGCUUUUCAAGAUGGGAAACAUGUGCUGCAAGAAGCGCCUCAUCGAUAUGGCCUUCUCAGGCGUUGCGUGGACAUCUGUUAAGUACAUGAAUUACAACAUACUUCUACUUGUUGUGAAGAUCAUGCAGGAAUUUAUGGAAACAGAAAGAGGUGGCAUGGUUUUUCGCCUUUUGCAUUGCAACUCUGGCACGGAUCUGCAUGCCGUGCAGCGCGGCGCAGACUUGUCACGUGCACAAGCAGCGCGAUCUUCAUGCGGAGCGCCAUACAAGUCCAGGUGUUGCGUGACAAUGACAAAUGAUCACGAUGGCGUCACGCAAGAAGCGUGUAACAGCGGUUCAUGCAACGUUUGAGACUUCCAUACUCGAGGGCGAUAUGAAGGAUCCCAACACGCUGGCCAACGCCAAGGGACAGCUCUGGGGCGUCAAGACGAAGCAGGGAUCGGUAAAAAUGUUGCGAUUUAUUGACUGGCAUGUGGUAUAGUCUAGUGCGUACUACUUCUAGAUGGCAAUUUAGUCUAGUCGGUACUUCUACUAGGUGUUGAACAGUAACCAAUAUUAGCGAAAGUUGAAACAUAUACUUACAUAGGAUCUUCGAUGCAAUGGACGGGUACUAGAUGUAGCUACUAUCAGUAUCAUGUUUAGAAGCGCAGGGCUUCUGUCAGAAUCCAAAAGCAAAACUUUCACCACCUGAUAGAAAAUCAUCAUGGAUGAUGUUUGGGUUCGCAGCCUGCAGGUAUAAUUCUUGCUCGCACUUACACUUUUCAAAUAAUUAUCAGGGCGCCGCUGACCCGGCCGCUGUGAAAGCCAUGGUUGAUCUGUACAACCAGUGUGGAGGGGAUGUCGGCGAGUUGGCGAAGAUACGCAUUGCAAAUAUGUUUUCGUGGUCUGGAAAAUUGUAUUGGUGCUACCCGCAAGAACGCAGACUAGCACCACAAGUGAGUAAGUAAGUAGUUGUUCAGGCUUGUAGCGGAGUCAUUCGUACUGUUAGUAUCAAACGCAUGACAAACUGCCUUCCAGGACGACAAAAAAGUAAGGCCGCCAAUCGUAUUCCUUUUCCUACAUUUUUACAGAUCUGGUUUUCCUUCAGAUCUCGCAUCACCCGUCCAGAUGACCAACAUCGAUAUUUGCAAUGCAUACAAGAAGACGGGUUCGAACAUGAAGCUGAUGAAGGCUAACCCGCUAUGCUGUGUAAAAACGUACCCACCUCCCCAUAUUUGUCAUACGUUUUUCCAUGUCGUGUCCAGGACACACAUCUCUCAUGCGGGUUCCCAUGGGAGGCGUUUCGCGUUUUGUAGUCCUAUUGGGAAAUUUGUCAUGCUCCAACCAGGAUAGUGUCCUGCGUGGAUUUGUCAUGUGGCUCUAUAACAACGCCUGAGCUCCUCCUCGUCUACACAUGCGCCAAGCUGGUCAUGCGGAGUCCAGCAAACUUCUCGACUUCUCUAGCACACUUCACAUCUGCAUCUUGACUCUCGGGUGGGUACGUUUUUACUUAGGAUGCCCCCCCUCCAGUGCGCAGGACUUCGCAAACAAGUUAGUCACCGGGGCUUACUCGAACUAAGAGAACCGAAGGUCGUUCCUCCAUCGUGGAACAAGAGCCCGAGGUUUACGUGGUAUUAGGCGGAAGAGCACCAAAGGAAGAUAGUACAGAAUAUGAUCAUGAUGCCUUUUUUUGCAACGACCUGUUGAGAGGUCAUACUUCAAGUACCAUGCUGUAUUGUUGUUCUUUUGAAAAAUACACAUGCUGGACCUUUGUAAGUAUAUAAUUUUUUUGCGCAUGGCUACACAGUACUACCAUUUUAUUCGUACAAGUGAGACGAGGGUAGAUUCAUUUGGGGCCAACAAGUGCGAUCCCUCGGGUAGGAACUCGAUCUCAGCUAUCGAACUACCGGAAAUAGAAGGAAAAAAUAGAUAUAGAUUUUACAAGUAAAAUUCUCUUUAUGAUGUAUGCCGUGGCUAGAUGCAGCACGUUUUAACAGAUCGCCUUCUCUCGUCUCCCGCGAAUGAAGCGUUCUUUUCUGCGCUUGCGUCCCCGGUUGUUGCUGCAACAAGGGUCCGCUCGUCAGCAAUUUUCACAACACGGGAGAGGAGGAGGCGCUCUAAGCACCUUGAGAUAAAAGCCGCAGGCACACAAAAUAUAAACGUACUACAUGCAAGCGACUAAAAUUUACUAAACUCGUGCGGGAUUGAAAGAUCAUCGCUCCAAAUAUAUAGUCCUCUUGCGCACAACUUUCUUCGCUACCGUGGUAUUGUUGAGGACUGUGAUGGUUGUACUAUUUGAAUAAGUAUGCUGCGAGCGAAAUUUUGUAGUCCACGAGUUAAGCAAGAGCAAGAAAAAAAAACGACCGCCAUGUGAGACUGUAUGACGCUAGUUUGGAUGAAAAAACUCGGACAUGACAUAUUAGACCGGCUAGCAUUACAUUUACGUCUAUUAUCGAAGUUGAACUGGUGGAAUCUUCUGAGUUCGUUGUGGCGCAAAAACCUCCUUCACGCUCGGAUGUUUCGCUAGUGCGAGUCUAUUGACAGAUGCUCGGUUAUUGAACUCACAAGGUCUUGAUGUGGUCAAAAAAGAAAGCCGCGAAGAGCGUGCCAGGUGUGCGGUUUCCCUUCUGCUUGGAGAAUCCAUUGUGUUCCAUGGUUCGCAAAACCGUAAAGAACAACUUUUGAAACACGUUUGACA